AUGGAUACAAGUCCUAUACUUAAUCAGCAGCAGCAGCAGCAGCUGUUGCUGCGACACCAGCAGCAACUGCAGCAGCAGCAGCAGCAGAUCCUCAACCCUGCGACGCAGCAAAGGUUGCCGCUGCACGAAGGAUUCCAUUCUACACAGCAGCAGACGCAGCAGAUGCAGCAGCAACAGCCGUAUUGGAUGCUGCAGCAACGGCCGUUGCAGCAGCAGAUGCUAUGGCACCAGCAGUUGCCGCAGCAGCACAUGCAGCAGCAACAGCAAAUGCAGCAGCAACAGCAGCAGAUGCUACAGCAGCACCAACUGCAGCAGCAGCACGUGCCACAGAUGCCCUUCAAUGUGUGGCCAUAUUCCCAGCAACAGCCGCAGCAGCAACAGCAGCUGCAGCAGCAACAGCAGCUGCAGCAGCAACCGCAGCUGCAGGUGCAGCAACUUCUUCAGCAACAGCAGCAUCAGCCGCAGCAGCAGGUUGACUUCAAUGUGUGGCCAUAUUCCCAGCAACAGCCGCAGCAGCAACAGCAGCUGCAGCAGCAGCAGCAGCAGCCGCAGCAGCAGUUUGACUUCGGCUGGCAAGUGUUUGUUAAUUAG